AUCUAAAAAUAAUCAGUUGACUUGUUACGCAAUAAAUAAAGUUCCAGUCGGUAUGUCAGAGAAGAAAUGCCACAUCAUACCUUCCUUUUAACUUAUUUUAUCAUCCUGGUUGUUUUUCCACUACAUGCAGCCUCACAGACGUGUUUCCCCAGAUGUCAGCCGUCGGAGUAUUGCGGGAACAGUACGGAGGGAGGAGGACCGACCUGUCUAGCUUGUAAUGUUGCCUGUGACGGAUGUACGGGGCCCGGGCCAGACGCAUGCGUCAACUGUGCUGACCAGUUCUUUAAAGCUGGGACAACCUGCAGAGGUUGCAAUAUUGCCUGUGAUCGUUGCACUGGACCUGGUCCGGAGAACUGCGACACGUGUGCAGCUGGCUUUUACCCCGUAGCCGGGAUCUGUAGAGGUUGUGAGGACGGGAAAUUCGGGGUGAAUUGUACUGGUACCUGUCACUGUUUGAAAGGAGUAGAAGACUGUAGAAAAACUGACGGAUUCUGUAAAUCUUUCAUCUGUGAAUGGGGCUGGUCAGGAGUGCCUUUCUGUCAAACACCUUGUAAACCAAAUUUUUAUGGAAAGAACUGUGUAUAUGAAUGCCACUGCCCUGUGAAUGACACCUGCAGUAACAUCAACGGACUCUGUUCUUCCGGAAAAUGUCACCCUGAAUAUACCGGUUCGGGUUGUCAGAAAUUGCGUCCGAAAUUAAGGGACCCCCCUGAGAUAAGUGACAAUGUAUGUGGCAAUAUGACUGUUACCUUCCACGAAUGGGUGAGGGACCUUGACAUAGGAGAUGGCCCCGUGGGAGAGUACAGAUUGGAAGUUUUGGUAUUUAACUCAUCGGAUAGUUGGACUUUUGUACAAAAUUAUAGGAGUUUGUCUUCGGCCAGUGUUUCGAAAACUUUUUCUGGCCUCGAUGUGGAUUCUCUGUACAGCUUCCGGGUCACCCUUGUUAUGAGUGACGAAGAUGGGAAAUUAAUGACAGACGUGGCCCCGGGGUUUCCGAGUCAAUUCUACCCUACCACCUGUAUAAUUCCUACUACAACAACACUGAGUCCCCCGACCCCAGCCCCCACACCUCCCCCAGGAUCAUUAUUCGAAAAGUUCGAAGUCAUCUACGAUUCAGUAAACAAUGUCAUUUCCGUAAACUGGGCUGGGAAAAACUACAGUAACAAUCUUGGUGACGUCACAAUCACGUACGGGAUAGUCGGUAUCGGAGACUGCAAGGACCUCAACUUGACUAAUGAAAUAUCGAGAACUGGUGGAACAGUAGGUGCUUUCAGUUUAAGUGGACUGCUGCCUAACAGACGCUACAAUGUCAAGGCAGUCAUAGAAGUGUUCAAUUUUAGUUCCACAGAAAACGAUCGAACCAUUUCUCGGAACAUCACAACGCGAGAGGAAUCACCAUGGGGAGGUGUCCAAAACCUAAGAAGAACUAGCUUUAACGCCACCAGUGUGACGCUGGAGUGGGAUCCUCCAGAGUGCGAGCAAAGAGGCGGUAAACUAGUAGGAUACCAAUAUACCCUCCGAAUCCUUAGAACUGGGCAGCUAGUGGACAAUGGAACAGCUUUACAGCUUCGCGUGACUAUAGGAGGGUUAACUCCCUAUAGUAAUUAUUCGUUUGCCGUGGCCUAUGAGAAUAGUGUGGGGAAUGGACCACCGAGUCAAUUUCCAACCUUCACAGACGAAGCAGAACCUGCUGCGCCAGUUAUCACCACCAUUACUCCGGGGGUGAACAGCAUUGAAGUCGCAUACACAGUACCCUCCCCAAGUAACGGAAUUAUCCGAGAGUACGAAGUGUCCUUCAGUACAACUUCAGACUUCAAGGACUUCACACACAAAACGAGCUCUGUAAACUCAGUAACCGUUAGUUCUCUCAUCGCUUUCACAACCUACUACAUAAAGGUGCGGGCCAGAACCAAGGCAGGGUUGUGGGGGAACUACAGUGAUGUGAAUCAGACCCAGACUAAACAGGCAAUCCCCGGCCCUCCCGCUAAUCUGAUUGUUACCCCACUAAAUGAAACCUGUCUGAAAAUUAGCUGGACUGCACCAAGCUUUCUGGGUGGAGUAAUUAAUAGCUACAAGAUCGUAUGUACAGCUUCUGACGGAAGUACGAUUGUCGAUGAAAAGACCACAAUAAAACCCAUUGACGAGGGUACCUCUCAUGAUCAAUGCGGUCUUUUGGUGUAUACUCAGUAUAAGAUCGAGGUAUCAGCCAGCACCACAGAAGGAACUGGUGACCCUGCGAUAAGUUUUGCGAGAACCUAUCAAGGAAUUCCAGAAAAACCUCCCGCUCCAAGUCUGAAGAAUACCACAGAAUCAACCAUCACUAUUGAGGUUUACCCAUUUAAGAUCGACACAGGGCCUCUCACUGCAUAUCAGAUUUAUGUUUAUGAGGUACCGACAGCAGGGCGACGUCGACGGCAAUCUGGCGGUCCCUUAGGGAUCGUGGUGGCAAGAUUUAAUGAUUCUGAAAUUAAAACGAGUCGAAUUUUUGUUGUCGGCGACGGUGGUGUUUAUGGCGGGAAAACGAAUCCUCCAUUGAAAAAGAAUACAGAGUACGAUAUAUACUACGAGAUAGUUAGCACUGUUGGACCAAGAACGCUAACAAGCUUUUCUAAGAUGCCUACCUCAGCAACCACUGUAUUAAUUGUAACCACGGUGGCCCCUAUGGUUCCGGUGGUGGUUCCGGUGUCGUCAACAGACAACACACCCGUUAUUGUCGCCGUUGUGAUCAUUCUUCUGAUACUCAUAAUAAUCGCUGUAGUUUUCCUUAUCCUUUUCCUACGCUCCAGGACCAAUCGUUUUUCUCCACCUAUGUACGACACGUUUGAAGACGAGAAGAAGGUGGAACUGACCGCGGUUGAUGAUUAUAAUUUACAAGAGCACUGGAACACAAUCUUUUCGCUAAGGGAGAGUCGGUACAUUAUUUCUGGUCGAGACCUUGUUCCAGAUGACGGAUAUCAUGGAACUAUUCUCAACGGGAAUAUUCCAGGUAAUAUGACAGCUCAUCCCGUUACUUUUCAACAAGAGUUCCACGAACUCCCUCACCAGCCAUUGGCGUCCUGGAAUGACGCAGUACGCAGCAAAAACUCUAGGAAGAACAGAUUUCGUCACUUGUUACCAUAUGACCAUACAAGAGUAGUUCUGGACCCGGAUGAAAACUCCAAUAGUGAUUUUAUCAAUGCUAAUUUUAUCAAAGGGUACAACAGGCCGCAUGGCUACAUCGCCGCUCAGAGUCCCUUUGACGAGGAGACUGUGCUGGACUUCUGGAGGAUGUUGUUUCAAUAUAAUAUCAAAGUAGUAGUUAUGAUCACGAAUGUAAUUGAGGAUAAAAUUGUAAAAUGCUCAAAAUACUGGCCAGACUCUGAAUUAGGAAAAGUGAAGUACGGUAGUUUCACCCUGGCGCUUAUUGAUGAGAAAGAGUAUGCUGAUUUUGUUAUUAGGUCGGUAAAAAUUAAAACGACACAUAACGCCCAUACAAAAGUUGUACAUAUCUUCGAUUUCUGUUCUUGGCCAGACCAUGGUGUACCCGAGGAUACUAUUCCUCUUCUCGAAUUUCGACAUAAGGUUCGCGAAUACCACGGAAAUGACAAGUCGCCACUCGUGGUGCAUUGUGGGACGGGAGUGAGUAGAACAGGAACUUUUAUUGCAAUUGAUGCCUUAUUAGAGCAAUACGAGGCAGAAGGUAUUAUAAGCGUAUACUCAUUUGUUAAAAGGAUGCGAAAAGAUAGAAUAGCUAUGGUGCGGACAGUUAAGCAGUAUAUUUUCAUUUACGAGGCAAUUUUCGAAGCUCGUGUUGCAGGCGACACACGUGCUGGCUAUGAUCUGAAAGAAAAAUACCACACAUUAACAAUGCGCAAUCCGAAAACAAAACACUCGUUUCUUAGGGACCAAUUUAUAUCUUUGCAAUUGUUCACUCGAAAACCGACUCAGAAAGAGUGUUCAGAUUCUCAUAUUCCGAUGAAUUAUUCAAAAAAUCGUUUUCCUGACGUUGUCCCUCCGAACAAACACAGACCAAUAUUGAGAACUCCCGGUGGUCUAGAACGAACAAAUUAUAUCAAUGCUGUGUUCUUGGACAGUCACGAGCUAGACAAUCAUUUCAUUGUGACACAGUCCCCGCUACAUACGACUGUAAUUGACUUCUGGAAACUCGUGUAUGACCUUGGCGUCCAGACAAUUGUUAUGAUGGAGGAUUUUAAGAGCGAGGAUGACACUUCGGCGGAGUAUUGGCCGGAAGACAAAAUCAAGAAAUUCGAACCGUUUUUCGUGGACAACACAAACAUAUGGCAGCAGGAGAAUGUGACAAUUCGUCACUUCAAACUUCAUAGCAUGCUGAAACCGAAAUCGACGCCUCGUGACGUUCGUCAGUUUCAGUUCAAUGCUUGGAGCGAAAACGAUUUCAUACCAAAGUCAAAAACAAUGCUCUUAGAUCUCAUUGACUUGGUGCGGAGUUGGCAAAGACAAUCCAACGAGAACACUGCCCCUAUAGUGGUGCACUGUAAAGAUGGCGCCACUCACAGCGGGCUUUUCUGUGCAGUAUGGACGAUAUGUGAAGCCAUGGAAAUGGACCAUGAUGUUGAUGUGUAUCAUACUGUUAAGCACAUGAAGAGGCGCAGGCCGCAGAUCGUGGAUACUCUGGACCAGUACAGAUUUUGCUAUAAAGUGUUGUGGGAUUAUAUGAAUCUGCGCAUGCCUGGUGGAACUUUGACCAACAUGAUGAAUCAUACCAAACAGGAUCGCUUAUAUAACGUUGGCAGUUUAAGUUUGGCUUCCUAUACAUCACAUUUAGAAUACAUGUAAAACUAUGGUCUAAAUCAUUUUGUGCUAAAAUAUAGUUUUAUGUGGCAAUUAACGUUGCAUUUAAGUAUUUCUAAAAUCAUUCGAGCCAGUUUACAAGAGGUGCUGUUUUUUUCUCUCUAACGUACUGUAGUGCUUCAGAUAUGAAUGUACCGGAAAUGACACGGUGUAAUUGAAUCAUGGAUAUCUUUUAAUUUUCACUUUUAAUUAUUAAGAUAUUGAGGUAUGCUGUGAUUAAUUUAUAUUAUGAGAUGUAGAUAAAUUGGUUUCUUUUAUAUCUUUUUUCUCAGAAUUUUAUAUGAUGAAUUUGAUCAAAAACACAAAAAAGCUCAUGAAUACAUAUAACAAGAAUAGGCAUUUUAAGACCACACAUGUUAAAAUGGUUAAUAUUGUUUUUAAAUUCAUUUCUUCGUAGACUGUAGUUAAGCUGAAUUUUUUUUUCAGCCUUACAAUAAAUAUGCACUUGCUAGAUUUCUUUAUUUAAAUUAAUGCAUUUUGUGUGCCUUGUGUGCGAUAUUAAAUGAGUGUUGCCGUUAUUUCAUACGAUAUUGCAAGACUGUGAUAUACUUAAA